UCGAUACCGAUUCGAAUCAUUCUCUCCCUAUAAAAGGCGUUUGAAUCCAAGAGAAAAAUGAUCAGUUGACUUGGUGCAAUCAAAGUAUUGAAACAGUGGUUUAAUCAUUAUAAUUAUUGUGCAAAAAUGAAGGGAAUUUUCUUAUUAUUAUCUGGCGUCUUGUGCAUUGCUGCCCUAGAAGCGCAAAAUGAAGCGGAAGGCAGUUUCUUAUCAAAAUGUAUGGACGAAUCUCAUAUGGAUUUAAAUAAACUCAGAGAUCUCGAUGGUAAAUAUGCGGAUGACAUUUUAUCGGAACCAGAAAGAAACCUCUUUUGCUGCCUUUUCCAACCCUUUAUAACGGAAGGUGGAGAGCUGAAUAGUAAAAAAAUUGUAGAUUUUUUGAACCAAAUGUAUACUAAAUCGGAUAACAAUGAUGUGGUGAAUUCAGUUGUGAAAACAUGCGAAUCAAAGAAAACGACCAAUUUGAGAGACUUAUGCGACAAAACUGCUCCAUACAUUCAAUGUGUCUUUACUGGCAUACGUGAUCGACUUAAGGAUGUGCCCCAGAAAAGUGCAUAGUUUAAUUUAUUUCCAUUUAAUUCCAAAAGAUUUUUAUUUGCUCAUUGAAAUGCUUACCUCUUUGUAGCUAGAUAAAUAGAUUGAUGUUUCAAGCACAAGAAUAAAACACACUUCUUCUUUUUUGUCAUUUAAA